AUGUCUCUCAAUGGGUUGGACGAGGCCAAGGUCGUGGAAGCGCACGAGACGGCUGCAUCCGAGCCGGGAGGAUGGUUCCUCCUCCAGUAUACGUCUCGUGACGAGGUUGAGCUCCUGAAACGCGGCAACGGAGGCAUUGUAGAAGUACGCAAUGCCAUCGACGAAUACGACGAGACAAGCCCUCUUUAUGGCUUCCUGAGAUAUCGAAGAAGAAACGUCAUCAUCAAAUAUUUGCCGGAGGACUGCUCUCGAAUCAUUCAAGCUCGCGUGGCCGUCCACUUCACUGCCGUCUGUGAGCGUUUCUCGCCAUACGAUACCGCAUUUGAAAUCUCAACAGCCGCUGAGCUGAAGGAUACCAAACUCUCCGCAGCCUGCUCCCUGCACGCUGCCUCAUGCUCGACAUCCUCAUCCACCAGUUCCCUUCGCAGAAGACGUUUGGUGGAGAUUGCGGAGGAGGAGGAGGAGGAGCAGCGUGCCGUCAAGCGCCAGUCCAUGCAGGAUAGGGAUGGGGACCGUCCGCAGCUGCCAGCCGGCGACAGUCAGGCAGUCGAGCCGGUCACGCUCAACUCCCAGCUGGCUGAAUCCCCCGAACAUAGGAAGUUCUCUGUCGCUUCAACGUCCGAAUUGCCAACUUUCGUGGGAGUUGACGAGCCCCCCACAUCGCCAGGUAAAUCGAGCGACGCGGAGUCGAUCCGUCCGGACAACUAUUCUACUUACUCGUCAUACCCUUACACCAAGCCCAAGGUCAAGCUUGGUCCUCGCCCUUCUCUCGAAAGCGGUGGCCGACCACAGACCGCUGGGAACUUUCGCCCUGUUUCAGCCAUCCCAGCGGGCUUCAAGCUGUUUGGCAAGGGAAGUCGGCGAGGCAAGGGCAGCAGAGACGGAAUCACCAUUGCUGCGCCUGCGGAUGACGCCGUCAGCUUGAACCUUCCUCCAUCUGAAGCACCUGCUGCCGAGGGGACUUUGCAGGCCCAGGAUCCUGCGUCCGCGAGGCCAUCCACCAGCUUGGGCGUUGUCCCUGAACCAGUAUCGAUGUCGCCGCCGACUGCGCCGAAGAAGCCAACCAUCACGCCUGAGAAGGCAAGGCUUAUGAAGGCUAUGAAGCUGAGGGAACAGAAGAAGCAGAUGAGCAUGCAGCCUCCCGCAGCAGAAAGCAUCAGUGAGGCCACAGCCGAAGAGAGCACAGAUGCUGCGGCCGACACUGUCGUGGACCAAGUGCCUGAGGCAGGUCAACAAUCAGAGACCGAGCAACGAGUCGAGGAUGAAGUAAAGGCGGGCAAUACUGCGUCGGCGAUGGAUACGCUUUCCUCUUCGGUGCUUACUGAUCAAACUUCAGACUUGACACAAUCCGACUCGAGACCGGCCAGCCCAAUAGUGGCCUCCUCGGAAGCUGCGCAGUCAACCAAGGCUUCGUCGAUCUCUGAGUCUACCGAUGAGACAGUUCGGGCCAAGGAUGAAGAGGCGGCGCCGGACGAGGAGCGGAACGGGGAAGAUGCUAUCUCAGAGGACGAUGACUGGCAAGAAGCGCAGUCCGAGAACCAGGUCGUGUCAGCCGAGGAAGCUGUCAAGAAUAGCGCCACCGCGUCGGAAGUUGACGAGAGAGGACCAGUCGUUACCGAAGCGAUAUCCUCUGAAGCCCCAUCUGAAGCUGCUGAGUCGAAGAACUCGCAACCUUUGCCGUCGGAACGGGCCGCCGAAGCUGUGGACCCUACUUCGGGCGGCGUGUCGCCCGGUGGAAAUGAACAGGAUGCGCGUGAACAGAAGCUUGAAGUUGGCGAAAACCUCUCGUCGGUUGCUCUGUCAGAUUCCAAGCUCUCGGCCGGCAUUCCAUCGUCACCAAAAUCCCCACAAGAGCCGUUGUCGACCAACGUGGAUACCGAGACAAGCAACAUUCCUCACAGGGACGCUACCGCGGAGCCCGCCACAUCAACAAGUGAUAAUGAGACGGCCCCCUCUGCGCACUCGACGACUCUGGAGAGCAAGGCCUCGAGUCAGGACCUGCCUUGUGUCGACAAACUCGCGGAACAGCCUACUGUCGUCUCCGAGCGCCCACGACUAUCGCUGAAGGAGAGCCCUGUCAUCACAGCAGCUCAAGCGAAAGUCAGAGAGGUCGACGAACAAGACGAGAGCGACGCCGAUACUAUCCCCAUCCCUGUGAGAAGCAACAAGCGGAGGGCUUUUAUCGAGCCUAUCGACACCGAUUCACCUCAUACUCCGAGCAAGCCGUCGUCGGAGGCAAAUCUCUCAGACGACGACGAGUUGAUGAACGAACUGCAGAGUGCUACGGUGCAAGAAGCGAAACACAUGUCCGUAGCCAAGACGCCCGUGUCGGCUACGUUCCCUCCCAGCCCCGUCAAGAGGGUUGCGCCGACGGGUGCGCCGACUGCUCACAUGAUCCGGACCGCAUCAAACCCGGUCCGUGGCAAGUUGACUGUUCCGACGGGCUUCAACCAGCCUUCGACGCGAUCUGUAAGCACAGGAGCGGCCUACUUGCAACAUGUCAACCAACAAUCAUCGCAGCAGGGCGGUAAUCUGCUGAAGAAGUCCAACCUUGGCUCCAGCAUAUCGCAACGCAUCAAGGCGCUGGAGAAGCUUUCUGCGUCGUCAGGCGAUGCACCGCCAGUUGUCAAUUCGCGCGAGCGGCCGUCUUCGACGUUCUUUGCGGUCAAGAAGCGGGAGCCGUCCAGGUCGCCGUCUGUUAUGGACCGGGCGAACUCGUUGCGGUCAACCGCCGAGCCGCUUUCGAGAUCAAACGAGUCGUCUCCUGAAGGCAUGCACGUACGGCAAGAACGAUCCGGCUCCGUCACCAGCCGCCUGUCCGUGUUCGAGUCCCCGACCACUACUACAGCCAACGCUCCUAGCCGGGGCUCACCCGCGAGCAUACACAGAGGACGCUCAGAAUACGUGUCUGUCACAGCCAGGAUCAUCCGGGAUCCAAACGACAAGGCCGGCUUUGGAUUUGAUCCCUCAAAGGACCCCUCCGAGUACGGGCAUUUGGAUCUGAAGCAGUCACCCUUGCUGGUUGACCAUCACAAAGCCGUGCGCGGGCCAGCGCAGCCUGGCACAGAAGCGCCGCUGGGUGAGCGAUCUGUGAAUCAAGAACCCAUCAAGACCGACAAGCCUCGUCAGUCGUCCUUGGGCAUUGUCAAAGACUUCAUCAAGGAGCGUCGCAGGUCUGUGACGUCAAAUCAAGGCGAUGGGUACGGUGCGCCAACCAGCUCCAACCCGUCACGCUCGCCGACUCGGCCCCCUUCUAUCAAUCAGAGCAGCUCCUUCUCACCUCGGCUGUCUAUAAGCAGCCGCCGCUCAUCGGUUGGCGGGGACCGCGAUGGCCACACGUCACCAACCGAGGGGAGCUUUGGUGACGACGCCAAGUCGGCUAAUGGGGACAAGAAAAUGUCUAGAGCAGGACGCUUCAUGCGUCGUCUGUCCAACCUCUCCGGCUCCCGCGGCAAGAACUCGCCCACCGUACUCUCGCCCUCAGUUGCAGAAGACCGGGCUGCCGAAGCGGCGACCCAGAGGCCAGCCACGACAGGGUCUCCCUCAGUCGUGUCCUACAUGGGCGACGUCAACGUGCAGUUCCCCGACAACCUGCUGUGGAAGCGCCGCAACAUGUGCCUUGACUCCCAGGGCUUCAUCAUCCUCAGCGCUCUGCCCGCCCAGAGCGGCCGCCAGGCACAGGGCACGAAGCGAUACCACCUCUCCGAGUUCCGGACGCCGUAUACACCGGACGUUGAGGUUCAGGAACUGCCGAACAGUGUGGUGCUCGACUUCAUCGAGGGAGCCAGCAUCCAGCUUGCGUGUGAGGACAGGGCCGGGCAGCUGAAUGUCUUGAACAUCCUCCAAGAGGCCCAUGCCACGCGUAGCGGGACAUACGGCCUGUAG